AUGUUCCUUUCUAGACUCGCACGUUCGUUUAGCACUUUGCGCAAGAAGCCACCAUUGUAUGCCCACGAGAAUGGAGACAAAAUAAGCAUUUCAUUCUCCAAGAAUCCGCAGGCAACAGCCAUUGGCCGGUUCCCCAAGUCGGAUUCGGAGCUGCUUGAGGGUCUCAGCAGCGAGCUGGACCCGUUUGAGCCCAUGCGGGUGCUGAACCCAAAGAAUUUCGAGGAGAACCCAGAAUUCUGGCCCAUUGCCCAAAAGGUCCUGAAAGAAAACAUCCACAUCUGCCCAAUCUUUUCCAGUCUUGCCACAGCAGACGAAGCCCAGUAUUUCCACAUCUACGAUCUCCGCAAUCCGCCGCCUCCUAAUCGAAUUCCGGAAGUCGACGAUAUUCUGGGCACCGUGGAAAUUGUGGAUGGUAAAAUCAAGAAAAACUCCUUCGAACCAAACGCAAUGUAUCGGCCUGUUUCGCCAUAUGGGGCAAUGGCGGUCAGUGAAGAAAUCGCAGCUAAACUCGCUCAAGCUUUAUAUAAAUAA